AUGCCAUAUCGAUCUCUUUUGUCGAUAUCUCCCUACGUGCUAAUUUCGUGGGUUGCUAUAGUGUAUUUGAUCAUUGAAUUAAGAAACUAUGACGACGUGACGAUUGUUGGCAAAUUCAAAAGUGCAUUUCAUAAGGGUAGUGAUUCAUUUAUAUUCAAAAAUAGAAUAUCUACCAACCAAGUCCUCUUUCCGAAGAGUUUUGAACUCGAUAUUAAUGAGUUCAUAAAAGAGCAUCCUAACUAUUUUGAUCCAAAGAGCAUUGGUAAGCCUAAGCUAAAGAGAGCUAAAGAUGAAGAUUAUGCGGUCUUCCAAAAACAUUCAGAGUACUUCGACCAUAACAUUACUAUAUAUGAUAGUUCAAAUGAGAUCAAUCUAAAUUUAAGUCGGUGUGAUGGUGAGCUCAAACAGGACGCAAAGAUAGAAAUUGACAAGGCAGUCAACGUAGACGUUUCAAUGAGAGAAGUGCUUUCUAAUUUCUUGAAACAGACUGAAAGCGAUCCUUAUUAUCAAGAAAUGGCUCCAUUUUUUAUUGAUCAAUUAAAGUUGCAACUUAAAUAUGAUGUUGUCGAUAGGUUUUUCUUCAGAAUGGCAGGAUCGUCUGUGUGGCUCGAAGAAUAUGGAGUUCAUUUUGCAAUAUCGAGGAUCUUGUACAGUCCUAAAGGAUCCAGAAAUCAACCCAUCGUAUCUUUGACCUAUGCUCAGUUAUAUAAUAAAGAAUGGAAAGAAUUAACCAAUACCAAAUUAGUGGUCCCAACGAAUAGUUUAGAAAACAAUGAAAAUAUUAAGGGAGACAAGAAUGAUGAUUAUAUGGUCUUAAAGUUUCCUAGAUUCUUACCAAUACCGUUUUGGCAUGAUAUUGACAAUGUGGAAGGCAAAUAUUACGGUCCAGAAGAUCCUCGUUUGAUGUUGGUGAAAAACAAGAGAGGGCAUAUGGAGCCUCUAGUUGUAUUCAAUGCAUAUCACAGAAAAUUGGUGCAUCUAGACGAUGACGUGGAUGACCAUAUAUUGUUAACUCCUGAUUACUAUAGGUCUAUGUUCAUGUGCUGGCCCUGGCAAUUUCAAAAAGGAAAAGAAAACACAGAUGGGAUGCCAGACAAGUAUUAUGAUAAUAAUUAUUAUAAUAGAGUCGUUGAGUUAAGAAUACAAAAUCUCAAACGAUCUAAAAAGCAGAAGAAUUGGAGUCCAUUUAUAAGUUAUGAACAAAGCAAUCGUUACGGGUUUGAUAAAUACGUACUUUUUGUUUACAGAUGGGCAAAUUUGGAGAUAUUAAGAUGUAAUCUUGAAGGUGUUUGUGCAUUUAGUUAUAGAUUGAGCAACAGGCUAUCGCCAUCGGCUAAUAUUGGUCCGUUUCGAGGCGGUACUCAGUUAGUUAACGUUAAUGAAUUAUUAGCAAGAAAAAAAAUUGAUGUUUCUCGAAUCUUACCCCAAGAUAGAGAAAUUUGGGUAGGGUUUGCACGAGCACAUUUAGAUAAAUGUGGAUGUGGUAAUAACAUGUAUCGACCCAAUUUGAUCGUUUUAGUUAAGGAUAAAGUUAUGGUUGAUAAUGGAAAAGAUGAUGGUGAGGAUUCGCUCUUAGUGAGAGAUAUUUAUAAACUUUCACACGUUAGUUCUUCAAUAUCCUUUGAAAUUCCCAUAAUUGGAUGGGAUUUGGAACAUCCUGACAGAUUAUGUGCUGGUUCCAAUGUUUUGCUCCCUAAUGGGAUAAGUAGCUUAUUCAUUGAAUCUGUCAAAUUUGAUUCCAAAAACAUGAAAUGGAAAUCACAAGAUUUCACGACUGUUACUUUUUCUGUGAGUGAUUUUAUCGUUUACAAAGUGAAUAUAAGGGGAUUGCUAAAUGCAUUAUUUAAUAUGGAAGACGAUUCUUUAUUCUUACCUUUAGUAGUCAAAGAGGAACAAGAUCUGCUGAAAUCAUCAAAGACGAAACUCCCGCCCAAAACACUUGACAAUGAUCUUUAUUUUAAUACUAGAAACCUAUCUAUGGGCUUUAAUAAUGAUAAUUUACUAUGCGCAUUGCAAGGGUCUUCCGAUUUUUGCAAGCAAUAUGGGAUCGAGAAUGAUGACCAAAACUUAUACCUUGAAGAAUCACCCUAUGACUUUAGCGAAGAGGACGAAGAAAUCCAGGACUCAAAUGUUGUAAAGUACGAACAAGCAUUGAUGCUUCAAUUAAUACAACGUAAUAUUGACGCUAGAAAAGAACUUCUCGCCGAAACAAAUGAAUUUGUUCCAAAGCGCUUUUUAAACAUGCCAUCAGAAGACGCGCAGUACAAGAAGAAAAAGAAAGUCCAAACUAAGAAGAAAAAUGCUAAGAAAAACUCUUUAAAAAACACGAAAAGUAACUCUACGAGUUCGGUUUCACCUUCUACGAAGAACUUGAAGUCAAAAAAUGUAUUGACGUAG